AUGCUGUCAUCCUCCUUGCGCAGGGCAGCCUGGGCCCCAAUAGUGCCAAUUUCUGGCAUUUCUCGCGCGUCCGGCCAAGCUCUUGCAGCUUCGUCCACCAAUAUCAUCCGCACCACGCAACAUGCCCGUCAACGCCGAUACUCCUCGUCAUCCUCCAAACCUAGUGAUGGCUCGAGGCGAGUUGAUGCCUCCUCUCAAACACCAACGAAAGGAGUGAAUUCCGGAGAGAAGCGUGAGGGCAAGCCCUCUCGACGAAGGGGAAAAGAUGGCAAUGGUCGCGGUGGCUCCAAGUCAAGCCCGCCGACAGCUUUUUCCCGGCUCCCCAGUGUUCCCUCAACCCAGCACCUUCAGCCACAUGAUGUUCAUGUUGCGUCUUUUUUUUCCAUCCACCGACCUAUUUCCGUCUCCACGACCGUCCCUCCGCCCUCAAGCUCGGAAGCCUUCGACUCGAUAUUCACUUCUAAAAAGUCUUCGAAGGAUGACUCUGAAGAUGUGAUAUUCACCCUUUCCUCUGCUGUCCACACCAUGGAGAAUGCUGCCCAUCGCCUUGCUGAAACCGACAACUCUAUGAACGUCUUUGAAGUCGAGGGAAACCACUUCGACGGAUUUGACAUGUCCGACCUGAAAGUUUCCGUUGAGGAACUCACAAAGCGCCUUCGCCCCUUCAACCCUCCCCCGCCCCCUGUUCCCUUCGACGAGUCGAGAGAGGCCGGUGCUGCGGAGUCGGAAAACCUGGAUUCUCAGCAAACCGCCAGCUACUCGACUGUCUUGACUAUUCACGAGUCCACACACGCUGACGGACACAAGACAUACGAAGCUCGGACUAUGGAAGCUCCCGGUGCUGAUGAAGCCGAGGCUAUUAUCGAUAUCCCUCAGAACUCCCAAACUUCUUACGUCGAGCGCGUACGGAACAACGGCUCCAUGCACGCGAUCAGCACUCGCAGACGGCGCAAGCUGAAGAUGAAGAAACAUAAAUUCAAGAAGCUCCUCCGCAGGACGAGAACCCUAAGACGCAAGCUUGACAAGGCUUGA